AUGGUCUUCACAACCACCCUUCUCUCCACCCUCACCAACGCCAUUGCCAUUCCUUCCUCUACCAUCAACCCCACAGGCGUAAUCCACCGCAUUACCGCCGGCUCUACAACCGCAAACUCCGGCCUGCACUUCGAGCCCGAGAACGUCGUCGCCCUCCCAGGCGACCUAAUCGAAUUCCACUUCCUACCCAAAGCGCACUCGGUAGUUCAAUCCUCCUUUGCCCAACCCUGCGCACCUCUCAACACCCCCGACGCCUUCUUUUCCGGCUUCAACUUCAACACUACGGCCGGUGAGGCUCCCAAUGUCUUUACGUUCAUGGUCAAGGAUACGAAGCCCAUGUGGUUCUACUGCUCGCAGACAAAUGGGGACCAUUGCCAGAGGGGCAUGAGUGGUGUUAUCAAUCAGGAUUUCAGUGAUAACGAGAAGACACUGGCCAAGUACAAGGAGGCAGCCAAGGGGACUGUGACGAAGCAACCCAGUGCUGAUCCGGCAAAGAGCCAAGGUGGAGAGAUUAAGCCCAACGUGCCUCUUUGA